AUUGUAUUGAUUGCCACCAUGAUUUUAGGUGUUGCAGUGAAGGUGACACUGAGCAACACUUACCCAUCCCAUGGAAUCCGCAACAUCAUGGAGUAACCCUCUCCCACUUUCCAGUCUCCCUUCCCCUUCGCAUUCACGCCACCCCUCCGCCUUCAAAUUUAUGGCUUUUUCAACUCUUCACACUUUCUCACUCCCUUCCCUUUCUUCUCCCUCUUCUUUCCACCCAUUUCCCCUUUCCUCUCUCUCUCCAAAACCCACUUCUUUCAACCCUCGCCCUCUCUUCCCUCGCACCAUGCACGCCUCGCGCAUCCAAGAUGCCGUUGGAGGGGCACUGGCCCUCGUCCAAUCGUCCCCCGCUACGUGGCAGUCCGCGCUUCUCAGCAACGCGCUGAUCUUUUUCUUGGGGUCUCCGAUUUUGGUCAGCGGGUUGUCUCUUUCCGGGAUCGGUGCUGCGUUUCUGCUCGGAACGCUCACUUGGCGCGCUUUUGGGCCUUCUGGGUUCUUCCUUGUUGCCACGUACUUUGUUAUUGGUACUGCUGCUACAAAGGUCAAAAUGGCACAGAAAGUGGCUCAGGGGGUUGCUGAGAAAAAAAGAGGAAGAAGGGGUCCGGGCAGUGUUAUUGGAUCCAGUGCUGCUGGUUGCAUUUGUGCUUUCCUCACGAUUUUUGGUGUUGGGGGAGAGGCAUUUUCUCGGCUUUGGAGACUUGGAUUUGUUGCCAGUUUCUGCACUAAGUUGAGUGACACUGUCUCAAGUGAGAUUGGGAAGGCAUAUGGCAAAACAACGUACCUUGUUACAACAUUCAAGGUAGUCCCAAGAGGCACAGAAGGGGCUGUUAGUGUUGAAGGAACCUUGGCAGGGAUUUUAGCAUCCAUAGUUCUAGCAUUUGUCAGUUUUCUCAUCGGUGAGGUUGGUUCACAUGAAGCAAUUAUAUGUGUACUAGCUGCUCAGAUUGCUAAUCUUGGUGAGAGCAUAAUUGGUGCUGCACUUCAAGAGAAGGAAGGAUUUAAAUGGCUUAACAAUGAUGCAGUCAAUGUCAUCAACAUAUCAAUGGGCAGUAUCAUAGCAGUCUUCAUGCAGCAAGCACUCCAGAUCUGGGGUUCCUAAACUUGAUGCAGGGUUUUCGAGGAGCUCAAUCAUAUUAACAUAGUGACCAUCUUGAUAAGUGCUUAUCUAGGGCACGGAUUUGAACAAUGGAGCAGUUUGGAUAAAAUGAUUAUUCGUUUAUUUGUCAUUGAAAACUGACUUGGAUAUUUAUACUCCUGGAUGUUUGAGUGCCAUAUGAGAAGCAGCCUUCUCUGACACAAGAUUCAUCUGCAAAUUUAAAAUGGCUAGAAACCCGUCCUUCUGAUCAUACCCAAACCAUGUUGGUUGUUACAAAGGUGUGGCAAUGGAAACCACAAAACUCAGUAAGCUGUAGCCAUGAUUCAACUCUUGUAUGGGAAGUAGUGGUUCUUUCAAAAUGUAGAUGUGAACUUCUUCUUCUUGAUCUAGAACAGUUUCAACCAAGCAUUUCUGUCUA